AUCACUCGAAGAUGAAUUUGGGAUUGAUUCUGGGGUGGGGAUGAUUUUUUUGGGCUGAGGAUGGCGAAGGGAGACUUGAGCUCCGAUCUGCCACUGACACUCUGACGUACCCGGUGGGAUCGAUAAUACUCGAAGGAAUGUUUUCGAGCUCGAUUGUCAUGGAAUAGUCGACUCUUAUCAAAUGACGUUGUCGUAGUUGUUCAUUCGUAAAUGCAUGCCGGAGAGCAAGGCCUAGAUCUUACUCAUACGUUUUCUUCGGGUGAGCGGUGAAACAGAGAGCUUCCUGGGAUUUAACCACUUGUUUCUCCAGCGAGUGCCAAAUAAUCUAAACAAUCGAGAUGACAGAGACGGAGAAUGUUUUUAUUUUUGUCCCGAAUUUAAUUGGUUUUGCCAGAGUUGUUCUAGCGAUUAUUUCCUUCUAUUAUAUGCCAACACAUCAUGUAGUUGCGAUAUGGUGUUAUGUGACGAGUGCUCUGCUGGAUGCUGUCGACGGACAUGCAGCUAGGUACUUCAAUCAGAGCACGAAAUUCGGAGCGAUGCUCGAUCAGUUGACUGAUCGGGUGGGGACAAUGUGUCUUCUUGUCAAUUUGAGCAUGUUCUAUCCGGCCUAUGCCUUCUGGUUUCAGUUGAGUAUGGCUAUUGAUAUUUCUUGCCAUUGGUUGUACUUGCACACGACGAUUUUGCAAGGGAAAACGAGUCAUAAGUUCAUUGAUAUGUCGGGGAAUCCUAUCAUGAGAGUUUACUACACGAAUAAACUCGUUUUGUUCGUCAUGUGCGCUGGAAAUGAGGCAUUCUAUGCUGCCCUGUAUCUUUUGCAUUUCACCGAAGGACCUACAUUGCUCGGCAUGAGUUUAUUCAGGGCUGUGAUGUACAUUUCCGCUCCCAUAGCAAUCGUCAAGACUGCAAUAUCUGUUAUCCACGGAUAUGUAGCUUCUCUGAAUCUCAGUACAAUCGACGUGAAAGAGCGUGAGGCUCUGCGAAAGGCGAAAUAAAGCGUUCCAAUUUUUUUUCCAUUCUCUAUUCUGUUCUAUUUGAGUUACUAGUCAUUGUUCUUGAUCCUGAGUUACUUAUUAAUUCAAUUAAAUCAAUUUUUAUGCGCCCCCAAUUGGUUGUUAUUACUGUGGAUCUGAGGGGUGAUGUGAAUCUGUGAAAAUUGUACCUGUCUUUACAAUGAUAAUAUGUUUAUGUGGAGAAUAACUGCUCCGACAGAUGUAUGGUAUCAAAUGAUUAAUAAAUGAACUAGUGUCUGUGA